AUGACUACUGAUUUCAAAUCCUUACCAGUCAUCGACAUCUCUCCUCUAUUGCUCAAGUGUGAUGAUCCCGACAUGACGGAGAAUCCCGGCGUGGUUGAGGUUGUCCGGCAACUGGAUAGAGCUUGUCGGGACGCCGGAUUCUUCUACGUGACAGGGCAUGGAAUUUCAGAGGAUCUUAUCAAGAAAGUGAGAGAGAUCACGCGUGAGUUCUUCAAGCUUCCUUAUGAGGAGAAACUUAAGAUUAAGAUGACUCCAGAAGUUGGAUACAGAGGAUAUCAGAGGAUUGGAGAAAAUGUAACCAAGGGGACACCAGACAUGCACGAAGCCAUUGAUUGUUACAGAGAGUUUAAGCAGGGGAAGUAUGGUGAUAUAGGAAAAGUUAUGGAAGGGCUAAACCAAUGGCCAGAGAAUCCUCAAGAGUUUAAGGAGUUGCUGGAGGAGUAUGUUAAGCUGUGUUUAGAUCUUUCUAGAAAGAUCUUAAGGGGAAUUGCAUUAGCUUGUGGCGGAUCGCCUUAUGAGUUUGAAGGGAAGAUUGCUGGAGAGCCUUUUUGGGUGAUGCGUCUUAUUGGCUAUCCAGGUGCACCGCUCACAAAUGGCCAUCCCGAAAAUGAUAUCGGAUGUGGAGCUCACACAGAUUAUGGCUUAUUAACUCUUGUGAAUCAAGAUGAUGACAAAACUGCCCUUCAGGUGAGAAACUUGAGCGGUGAUUGGAUAUCAGCUAUUCCCAUCCCUGGAUCAUUUGUCUGCAACAUCGGCGACAUGUUAAAGAUACUUUCAAACGGAGUAUACGAAUCCACACUUCAUAGAGUGAUCAAUAACUCUCCUCGAUACCGAGUCUGCGUUGCAUUCUUCUACGAGACUAAUUUCGACGCGGUGGUGGAGCCAUUGGAUAUAUGUAAACAGAAGUAUCCUGCAGUGACAGGAUCCCAAGUUUUCAAAAAAGCCGUCUAUGGAGAGCAUUUAGUAAGCAAAGUCCAGACCAACUUUGCAAUACUUCUUCACUUCAAAUUUAUCCUCAACGAUACAAACUCCGCUUUUCGAGCUGCAGCGGCGCCGUCAGGCAUCUGGAUCCGGUACUGA